GGUCAAAAAAAUUCAAGCAAAUUACAAAAGUGGCAGGAGGUCUGACUCUUGGAAAUAAUGUACUAAAUAAAGGGUCUGCAAUAAUAGUAACAGACAGAGCAGAAGAGAAGAGAAGAGAUGGCGGUGCCCACAGAAAUAAUGGUUGACAGACAAGAGCCUCUUGCCAUCUCCCUUCUCCGCCAUUGGGAGCUGAAUAUAGAAAAAGCUGGCUAUCUAUCCGCACUUUCCUUUUCCUGAAUCUCUGAAACUGUGGCUUUCCGCGAUUGAACAUCCCAACUGCUGAAUCUUUCAUCCAUCCAUCUCAAAACGCUACCUGCUGUGAUCGAUCUCCUUAUAGUAAUCAAUCCACAGCUCGGAAGCAGAUAGUACGUCCAAACAAACUCCAUAUAUAUAUAUGUGGAUCUUCAGCUCCAUUUCAGUUCUCAUUAAAUGCGCUCGCAAGUCUCCAACUGGAUUCCUGUGUACAUGCAUGUGCUUUCUCGGACUUGGCUAUACUUGACUGAUGGAUACACGAUGGAUGAUAUGGUAAUUAUUAGGAAACCUUUACGUAGCUGAAUUGGUGUUCUUCGAGCAAUUGAUUUCCCUGUUGAAGUUAUAGUACUGUAGAACUUCUCUAUUGGAUGGAGAUAUACUGGUGCAAGUGUAAUAUUCUAAUCGAUUUACUCAGAAUACGGUGAACGUUAAUUUUACUGUCACAUAUAGGUAAUAACUAAUUAAGUUCUUCGAUAGGUGCCAUCUUGAAAAAAAUAUAUGUCUAGGUUUAAUAUUCUUGGAUAAAAUCAUUGUCUACUAAACUGAUCGACCAGCCAACAGAGAGCUUAGGUGCUAGCUAGCUAGCUAGCUAUGUCUAGGUGCACAAACAUAACUAAUUACGCACCCAUCCGAUCCAAACUCAUCCUUGGCUUUGAUUGAUUGCCCCCAUUUCAUUUUAUGUGGGAUUUCCAAGUACAAGGGAAAAAAAACAGAAUUUUCGUUUAACACAAAACUUAUCAUAAUUAUCCGGGUUAAUAUAUUUCUCUGGUCCGAACUUUCCACAAAUUUAACAUCCUGGCCAAUCCUUUGAGUAAUUAAUAUCGUGGCCUGAACUUAUCAUAUACUUUACUAAUUUAGCCAAUUCCGACCUUUGACCGUUAGUUAUGACGGUCAAGCCCGUUGACUAACGGUCAACCCGCCACGUCAUCGCCAACUAAGCAUCUUUUAACCUAAAAUAAUCUGAUUUUCCACAUAAUCCCAUUUAACUUUUCGUUUUAAACAAAAUUAAAAAAAAAACCCUCUCUCUUAAAUCGCAGAACAAUUGCCCCACCCCCAAAUUCGAAUACCCUAAUUCCCUUUCCCUCUACUCUCCAGUUCAUCCCCGACAUCUAGCAUCGCCGUGGAAAUAGCAGCGGCGGCCGGUUCCUAUGCGUCGUCGCCGACCCGUCUCUUUCGCCGCCGUGCCAUCUCUGUUGCCGCCGUACCAUCUCUGAACCCCAAGACGUUGAAGCAUGUCGAGGAAAAGCGGUAAAAUCGCCGGCGAGGUUUCCACAUCUUCCGGAUCGACUAACACAACCACGAUCUGGUUGCUGUGGUCCCUUGCUUGUGUGGCCCCGUCGUCGUCGCUUUCUCCCACCCGCUCUCAAGCGACAGAAACAAGAACUGGGGGCGACAGCGACAACUCGAAAUCUUCAAAUGGGUUCGGGGAGUGGAAGGGAAUUGAAUCGGAGUUUGAGGAGGGAACGGAAUUGACUGCGGCGGCGACUUUACAGGACCGGCCGCCGCUGCGACUUCAUCGAAGGAUGGAGGGAGAAUGGGUUCGUCGGAGGGGAAGGGUUUCGAAAAUAAGUGGCUGGGGUGAAAUGGUAGGGAAUAGAAAGCGUCCUGAUAAGCUUUUUUUUUUUAAUUUUGGUUAAAUGAAAAGUUAAAUGGGAUUAUGUGGAAAAUCAGAUUAUUUUAGGUUAAAAGAUGCUUAGUUGGCGAUGAUGUGGCGGGUUGACCGUUAGUCAACGGGCUUGACCGUCAGAACUAACGGUCAACGGUCGGAAUUGGCUAAAUUAGUAAAGUAUAUGAUAAGUUCAGGCCACGAUAUUAAUUACUAAAAGGAUUGGCCAGGAUGUUAAAUUUGUGGAAAGUUCGGGCCAGAGAAAUAUAUUAACCCUAAUUAUCCUAGCAAAGAAAAGUCAAUUUAUGGUUCAUGAAUUUGAAAAUAUAUCAACUAAUUUUCUCUCCGUUUUAAGGUGUCACUCUGGGACCAUGGAGUCAUAAUUCAUCAUAACACUCUAUGGCGUUUAAUUCAAUUGAUCGGUGUUGGAAUUCUAUCGACAGAUUUUGUGGAUAUGAUCGAUCUGUAUUAGUUAAUAUAAUGUAUUUGUUUUCUCCAAUUUAUCAAGGUCGACUUGAUCUUUCGUAAGCCAAUCUAGUUUAAGAUGUCUACAUCAACAACAAUUCAAAGCCAUGUACAAUGACAUAUGGAGGUUGAUCGAAGCACCACACAACCGACCAUUUCGUUGAAUAGGGUGACGUCUUGGCCUUGGGUUGCAUAUCAACUGAUUUUGAGAUUUGAUGUUUAUGUAAGGAAGUGGUUAAGCACCAUACACGGGCCUGUAUAAGAUCCAACAUAACCCUUCUCCCAACAACUCGAGUUAUUGGGACCAACUGGUUUAUGACAUGGUAUCAGAGCUGGUUUGUACUUGAGGUCACGUGUUCAAGUCCUCACGAUCCCCAAUAUUGACCGUUGUCUUUCAAGCACAUGGUAUGGCGGGCCUGUGCAAACUUCAAGUCCAUGAGUUGGCUUUCGUUUGAGGGGGCGUGUAAGGAAGUGGUUAAGCACUAUACACGGGCCUGUAUAAGAUCCAACAUAACCCUUCUCCCAACAACUCGAGUUAUUGGGACUAACUGGUAACUCGAGUUAUUGGGACCAACUGGUUUAUGACAGUUUACACCAAUGUUUUUUUGUUAUAUCGGUCGAUCGCAUAGCUGCUGCUAUAUAGGUCGACGUCCACUUUCGAGAAAACAUGUCCAUGCAUCCAACAACAGUAAGUUAUUUAUAGUACGUAGUUUCAGUUGAUAUUAAUACUAGUUAAAUUAUUCUUCUGUCCUUGUUUAGUUAAACAUUUCUAAUAUUGGAAUCUUGAUUCAACACUGAAAAGUUCGUGGCAAAUUGAUAGAUUAUUUUAAAAGAGCGUUCAACCACUAUUUCUGUUUAACCAUGAUUCUAAUAAUAUUAUUGAUCAACACAACGGAUUAACUCGCUAAACUCCAAAUCAUUAUUAUACCUUAAAUUUUAACAAAAUUACCAUAGUGUUCGCCUAAAAAAGUACUGUAGCGCUAGUAAUUAGGAACGACGGACGCGAAAAGUAAAAAAUCAAUCAGGUUUGACAAAGCUUUAACCACCGCCUGCCGCCUCGCCUCGUCUCAGCUCCAUCCAUGGGCAACGCAUGCAAUAAGAGUAUUAGCAUAAUUAAUGACACAUCGUGAUGUCAUAAAUCCUUGCCGAAUUGAUAAACCGACAAAGAUGCUAAAUAAAAUAUGUUUCUGGUGGCAUAAUACGACUUGGACACAUAUGUAAUCAUUGUUGUUUAACGGUGGAUGAGUGGUAAUCGUAAGAAAAACUAAAUCCCUACUGAUUAUGGUCAUCAUCAUCUACCAAAAUUAUAACAGAAUUUUCCUUGCAAAAAUUAUUCAUCCGACAGAUAUAUGGUGGCAGCUGGUCUUGACUAGUAAUACGCAGUACAUGAAUUGAAUGAACCUGGGGAAAGAAAGAUUACCCCAUGAACUCAGUCUGCGCGUAUGUGGAUGAUUUUAUUUUGUGGAUGCAUAAUGAUGGAGGCAUGAGAAAUUAAGGAAAAAAGUGGUAUUUGAGAUAGUGGGUAUGGUAAUUAACUUGACACCCAUUUAAUAACGACCUUUCUUUUUGACCUUUUGGGUAGGUUUAUAUGGUAAGUAACACUAGUAUUGGGUAGCCCUGAAAAAAAAAACUAGUGGUUUAUGUGUUAGUAAAUUAUAUAAAGAUUUAUUAUUAAAUUUCUCUAAAUAACUCUAGUUAUUUGGACUAACUCAUUUUUUACAUGGUAUCAGGAUCUUCUAUGAUUUAGUGGUCUUGUGUUCGAACCCCGCGAAUCUUAUUUGUUAAUCACGUGAUAUUCGAACACGUGAAAACUUCAGGUCCGACUCGAGUUAAUGGGACCAACUGAUUCUUGACAUAAAAAACACGAGGUAUUAAUAUUCUCCAUCUUAAAUGGUCACAAUACCUCGCAAUACUUCGACCGACUCUAUUGGUCAAAAUGUGAAAUUAAUUCUUGACAUGGUGUUAGAAUUUUGAGCUGAGAGUUCACGGGUUUGAAACUCACUACUUUUAGUAUUAAGAGUUUGAUUAUUUUAAGCACAAGAUAGGACAUUCUUGAGUAGAAUAAUAAAUUAAAUAACGAUAAGAAAAGAAAAGACUCAUAAGAAUAGGGUAGUAAAGCCAUUUUCCAACUUUUCCUUCAUUGGCCCCUGCUGCAGCUGCUGCUUGCCGACGGUGGUCUUCCGCUUCAUCAAUUGGAUCUAACGGUAGAGCACUAACAUCGACCAUUAUCAAAAUUUCAAAACCCUAAUCGGGAGCAAAGAAAGAAAGAAAGGUUAGUGAUGAUCCCUUCCCUACCUACAACCACAUCAACAUUCAUUCAUUCAUUCAUAAUAUAUUAAUUAACAACCUCUUUCUGUUAUGACGUCUUUGUGCGUGUCAAUUCCGAAUCAUGGCGAUGAAGGGAAGGGAGGAGGGGAUUUAUGUAAUCUCUUUCCCUAAAUUCCAUGCUUAAUCAUCAUCACGAUCGAGUACUAAUACUACUAUUCCUCCCUCCCUCCAACAAUUGACGGGGCAACCACCUCCUCUUACUUUCACCCUCACCACUCAAACCUUGUUCAACAUCGCAAUUAAUCAAGGGCUUCUAACUUUGUGUUGCUACUUGGGUGAAUUUCAUCAUACUAAUUUCAUAUAAAUUGGAUAUCUUUUUAAGUGGGUGCAAGCCAAAAGAUGUAGUGGCAUUGAAACGCCAUGUCGUGAAUCGAUCCGAUCCUCAAUAUCUCGCCAUAAACAAUAUAUAUGUCAAAUCUUCAUCGCGUGUGACAGUCGAUAUGUAAUUUCAGUCAUGUAAUCGACUAUGAUGAGCCGAACUAUGAGUGAAAUAGCUUACUAUCCCACAAGCUGCAGUGAGUCGAUCUCCCUUUGAUAAACAAUGACCCUUGAUAAAAAUAACAAUAAUGAUAAUGGCCCUUUUUUCUAAAACCUCAUAAUCAUUGAAAAUGUACACUUUUUAUAAGUAAUUGAAAUGUGAUUUCAAACAGAAAAUGGUCCGGAAUUGAUACUCGGAUUAGGAAACCAAAAAUCUUAUUUCUGAGUAAGAGAAUAUUUUGAUAAGCUCUUGCAAAAAAAAAAAAGGUUUGUAUGCAAUUGAUUAGUCCUAGCAUUUUGUUUUUUUUGUUAACUUUUUCAGUGGGGAGAGGAUAUUCUGCGAACCUAUACUAUAUAUGUGAGUAUAAGUGGUGUUUCAGAGUACGUUGAUUGAUUUGUCGUUUUGCAAACUGGAAGUUUAAUGAGUGCUUUACGACGGCAAAUUGGUGAGAUGGGAAGUCAGACCACUACGGGCCUCAUCGUCUCCAAAUUGAAUGAAUAUACUCGACUAAAAUUGAAACUAGAUGUGUUUUCCCCGGAAUACAAAUUAUUUUUAUUGCAAAUAAUCAAAUUUUAUUUAAAGUAUAAUAAAUUAAUUUAAUAGCAAUCAAAUGAUAAAAAUUGAAGUUUAUUAUCGUCGUGAAAUAUUUUAUACUGCCUCAAAAUGUUGAGUUCCUUCUCGUACAUAAGCAUACAUAGCUAUUUAUUAACUAGCUUAUACCCGUCCGUUGGUCGGAAUAUUUUGAGAUAUCUAUUUCGAUGAUAUAUCUUGAUUAGGGGUGUCCAUUCGGGUUCGAUUUUCGGGUUUACCCGAAACCGACCCGAUUAUAUAUAUUUUUGGUUUUUCGGGUUCAGGUUCGUUUCGGGUUUCGGGUUUUUCAGUUUCGGGUUCAGUUUUACUUAUCGAUUUUUCGGGUUCCGGCUAAAAACCUCCAAUGAAUAGAACUCAACUCGUAUUCUUAGGCGUUCGGAUUUUCGGGUUUCGGUUUUGCUUUAACCGAACCCGAUAAGGAAUUUUGGGGUUUCGGGUAACCGGAACCCGCAAGUCCUUAUCGGUUUUGGAUUCAGUUUUAGUGAUUUUUGGUUUCGGGUUUUUGGUUUUUUCGGGUUUCGGUUCGGGUAACCGAACCCGACCCGAACUGACACCCCUAAUCUUGAUAAAUAGUUAAAUAGAUUUUGUUUGGAACUAAUAGUUGACUUUUUAUAAUCGAGAUUGAUAUUAUUAAAACAUGAUAAAUAAAACUCAAUUCUUAGUAUUAAAGCAUUCAUAUGAAUUAAUAUAUUGAGAGUUUAAUUUGUAUACCUUGAACCUUAUUGAUGAAUGGUGUUCUCACUUAUCAUAAUCAAUUCCUUGAUGAAAAUUUUUAUACUUGAUUGGGAUUUUUUUUCUCAAUUAAUAGGUUUGUACAUGAUUCCCUUUGGAGUUUGGACAAAUAACAUGAAGAGUGAAUACUUUGAAGUCAGGACAUAUAGACUGGAAAUAAGAACAAUGUAAACACCAUAUAGCAAGGAAGACAGAAGCUCUGGGGAGCUGUCAAUUACUAUUUUUGAAGAAUAGCUUAGAUAGAAGGAAAAAGGUUUGCUCUGCUAAAUCCACAAAUCCCCUCAAAUGAUACCAAGGUGAGAAAAACAAUUCCAAUGAAUGAAAGCAUGGAAGAAAACUAACUGAACUCGAAUGAAUUUAUUUGGCUAAA